UCGCGGUCACUCCCGUGUUGGGCGGAAAAGUGCACCAUCACGGCCCGGGGAAAGGUGCCAAGCGUGCCACCCUGGGCCUGGCACCAGGAGCUCCAGCCCUCCGAAGAACUCCGGCAGGGAUGCUUCGGGAACCGCGGCCCCCAUCCCCACGCCAACACCCGAACCGCGGCAUAGGGCAGCCUCCGCUGGCCGCGACUGCGCAUGCGUACUGACGCCCCCUCCGGCCCCGCGUGGAAGCAGGGGAUAGAAAUGAGGCUGGGCCGAGCCCCUCACGCGCGCUCCCUCCCCUCCCGUCGCUGGGCACGCGCCAGGCGGUGCAGCUUUGCAGCGUCCGAGGGCAGCGAAGCAGCUGCAGCGGCCGCCGCGGGAGGGGCCCGGAGCCCCGCCCCCGGGGAGGGGCCUUCCGCAGGUCUCCCCUCUACCCUCCACGCUGGGGAUGAAAUUUAGCAACAAGAAGGAGGCAGUUCACGCGGCGUUAAUGGACUGAGACUAAACCAAGACUCGGGCUCCGCCUUCGCGUAAGGCCCGCCCUAGCCUUUGGAGCCCAGGCUUAAGAAGACCUUGCUCCUGAACAGACUGGUCCCUGAUUUUAGGCCCUACAGCCCUAUCCCCAUCAGCCUGGUAACCACCAGCAUCGCCUACCUCCCUCUGGGUUCCUGGGCCAGCAAGAUGCUGGAGCGAGAUGCAGAGUCCGCGGCCGGGGACACCGAUCCUAGUCCCACUGGCAAGGAACCAGUAACCAAGGGAGGAGCCCCCCACCAGGGCUCGCCGCAGGAGCCCAGCGAGCCGGUGCCAGGGCCUGCCACGUCCGCGGGGGCGCCUUCUCAACCCCGCCGGCGGCCCCCGCCCCAGCGCCCGCACCGCUGCCCUGACUGUGACAAGGCCUUCUCGUACCCGUCCAAGCUGGCCACGCACCGGCUGGCGCACGGCGGCGCCCGCCCCCAUCCGUGCCCCGAUUGCCCCAAGGCCUUCUCCUACCCCUCCAAGCUGGCAGCCCACCGCCUCACGCACAGUGGUGCCCGCCCACACCCAUGCCCACACUGCCCAAAGGCCUUUGGCCACCGCUCCAAGCUGGCAGCCCACCUCUGGACCCACGCGCCCGCCCGCCCCUACCCGUGCCCCGACUGCCCCAAGUCCUUCUGCUACCCCUCCAAGCUGGCAGCCCACCGCCACACGCACCAUGCCACCGAUGCCCGCCCCUAUCCUUGCCCGCACUGCCCCAAGGCUUUUUCAUUCCCCUCCAAACUGGCUGCCCAUCGCCUCUGUCACGACCCCCCGAUGGCGCCAGGCAGCCAGGCCACAGCCCGGCAUCGCUGCUCCAGCUGCGACCAGGCCUUUGGCCAAAGACGCCUCCUGCUCCUUCACCAGCGCAGCCACCACCAGGCUGAGAGCCAGGGGGAGCGUGAGUGAGUCCUCCCCUUGGCUCACGGCCCCCUCUGCCACCAGCCCGGGUCAAUAAAGGGGCGGCAUUUUUAAGCUGGGCUGUAUGGACUUGCCUUGACCAGAUAGCUGGCAGGGAGACUGACUCCACACUGGGCUCCAACUUAUAAGGCUGAGGAACUCUUUAUUCACCUGUUUUGGGGGAGGGGAAGGUUGUAACCCACAGAAAGUUAGCGCUGGGCCCCAAACCACAGGCUUGGAGCUGGGGUUUGAAAGCAAGCCCUGGCUCUGGUUUUUCCCUAUUUAUAAGGCAAAAGUACAAAGUCUGCUAGCAGCGUUGGUUGCUGACGAAUGUGGGGAAACAGGGUCUCUCCUUAUUGUAAGUUAAAUUGGUGCCUCCAUCUUGGCCAUUUGAUGGUCUGUAAAAAAUUUAAAAUGCUCACAUGCCCGUGUCAACUAUUCCACUUCUAGGAACUUACUCUAUAGAUAAACUCAAGCACUGAAAAAGGCAUAAGGAUGUUCAUCUGUUCAAAAAGGCAUAAGGAUGUUGGGAAACCACCCAAGUGCCCAUCAAGAGGGGACCAGCUAAUGAAAUACAAUACAGCCAUAGAGUGGACUAUGUUGCUAUAGGGAAAAAACCUCCAUUUGUACAGAUGUGGAAUGAGUCCCUAAAUAUACGAAAUGAUAAAAGCAAGAACAAAGGGCAUACUGUCAAUAGUAUAAACAUUUUUUAAAGCUCAAGCUUUGGAGCUAGCCCUGACCCACUACUUAUAAGCCGGGGGGCCCUGGACAAGCUUUGUCACUUCUCUGGACUCAGAUGCCUUAUCUAUAACAUGGGAGUGCUAGGAGGCCUUUGUAAGGGCACAAGCAUCAUCUCUGGCAUCACUUCCCUUCUCGGAGCCUGUUUCUUCUGCUAUAAAAUAAGAAUGAGCUAACACUGGACUGCGCUUUGUUCUUCAGAUGUGUAUUAAGCACCUAUAGGGUGCUGGACCCUGCCCAGGGUGGUAGGCACACAGCAGUGAACAAGACAGGCCUGGUCUAGCGAGGGAGUGGGUGCUAAUCAAGUAGUGGCCAAAAAAAGAAAAGAAAAGAAAAAAGUAAAGGAGCCAAGUCCAUCCUAAAGAACAAAGUAGGGGAGGGAGCCUUGCCCCCCACCAGCCCCACGCCCAGCCCAGGUACCAAGAAUGAUUUCCAAGUCGUAGGAAUGACAUCUGUGGUGCUGGCAUGGGAACAGGCAAGUGGAAGAGAACCGAGGGCUCAGAAACGGCCCUGUGCUCACAGGAGGUCCUGACAAAUGACAAUCCCCAUGACUAGACUAGGGAUUGGCACACUUUCUCUGGAAGGGGCCCGAUGGUAUGUAUUUUCAGGUUUUGCAGGCCACGGUGUCUGCCACAACUACCCAGCUCUGCCCCUGGAGUACAAAAGCAGCCACACACAUUAUGAUACACAAAUGAAGGAAUGUGGCUCUGGCCCAGUAAAACUUUACAAAAUGGUAGGUGAGCUGGAUUUUGCCUACGGGAUGUAGUUUGCAGAUCUCUGCUGUAGGUGAAUGGGGCAAGGACAGGCUCAUCUGUGAAUAAGCUGAGAGAUCUGGAAAAAAAUUAAGUGGGAUCCUGCGGAGGCAGAAUAAUGGUCCCCCAAAGAGAUCCAUGUCCUAAUCCCCAGAACCUGAGUAUGUUAGUUUACGUAUUAAGAAGGGGCUUGGCAGAUUUGUGAUUAAGGAUCUUAUCUUGAGAUGGGGAGAUUAUCCUGAUUAUUCCAAGGGGCCCAAUGUAAUCACAAGGGUCCUUAUAUGGGAAAGAGGGAAGCAGAAGAGUCAGAGGGGAUGUGACAAUGGAAAUGGACACCAGAGGGAUGCAGGGCCAUGAUUCAAGGGACUCAGGCAGCCUCUAGAGACUGGAAUAAGUAAGGAAAUGGAUCCUCCCCGGAAGGGACACAGCCUUGCAGACACCAUGAUUUUAGCCCAUUGAGACAGAAGUUGGACUACUGACCUACAGAACUAUAAGCAAAUACAUUUGUGUUGUUUAAAGCUACUAAGCUUGCGAUAGUUUGUUACAGCAGCAAUAGGAAACAUACAGAUCCUGAUCUCAUACCAUACACAAAAAUAAGUUUCUGGUGAUUUAAGAUCUAAAUUUGAAAAACAAAAUAGAUGGAAAUAAUAAAGGAGAAUAUCUUUGUAACCUCAGAGGUACAGGAAGAAUCCUUAAGAUACAAAAAAUGUACCUCAUAGAGGAAGAGACUGGUAAAUUUGAGCAUAAACAAAUCAAGUUACAACUAUGAUGAGAUACAGUAUUAUGAGUGUAUACCGGGCACAUACUAUUAUGUAGAGGGUUAGCAAAGACCUUUUUGAGGAGGUAGAGUUUUCCUUGUGAUCUGAAAUGUGCAGAUGGAAUGAGAGAUGGUUUGUGGAAGUAUCCAGCAUCAGGGGUGGCACUGGGCAGGCAAAUGCAAAUUAGCAGGCCGUUAGACCAGCCGCUAGCUAGACACAGUCCACUGGGCAAGGCCUUGGGGAAGGAGUGGGCGAGGAGGGGGAUUAAGUCCCUCCAUGCCAGAAAUGCGGCUGCCAUCAAGGUUUACAUACAGAGCUGAGCGGAAGAUUGCCUCCACAGCAACACACCACCAUCAAAGUUUCAGGGACACAAAUGCAUUUGAGAGGUGUCGAUCUGGUCCAACCAUUGAUGUAGAGAGAGGGAAACAGGCCAGGAAAGAUGGGAUUUGCCUGCGUCCACACAGCGGGCCAGUGCUGAACCAGGGCGGAUCCUGAGUCUGUGACACGCUGACC